AUGUCCCAGCUGGUCUUCAGAGGUGACCCAGUGGACAGCAGAGGGUCUGGUGAGGAGGAGUUCGAGGUACCCAAAGAGCCAAAGCACCGGAUGGUGGGGUCUGGAGAGUUUCAGGUGAUUAAUUGUACUGCCAGUUGUACGGACCCCGAGAAACUUGUUCUGGAGACAGCCCUACACAACACUCUCCUGGAGGGCCAGGCUCAGUGGAAGUUGUUCAAGGUCGUCAACAUCUCCGAGAACGUGGAGCUCAUGUGCAGUUUCACCUGCGGUGGCAGGCAGGAGACGAAAGUUUUCAUCGUCACCGUGUUCUACCCUCCAAAGCAAGUGCUCCUGACACUGUGGCCCACCUCAGUGGCCAUAGGGACACUGUUCACCAUCGAGUGCAGGGUCCCCACCGUGGAGCCCCUCGAAGGCCUCACUGUCACCCUGCUCCGUGGUACUGAGAUCUUGUACAAUCACACCUUUGUGGGGACAGCACCUUCCCCCCAAGAUGCCUUGGUCAGCCAUAACAUCACAGCUCACAGCAAAGACGGCCACCAUAACUUCUCAUGCGAGGCCCAAAUGGACCUGCGCUCUCGCGGCGGUGGCCUCGUCCACAGAGUCUUAGAUCCCCAGAGGCUUGAAGUCAAAGAGCCCGAGCCCAACAACCAGAUGGUGAUCAUCAUCGCGGUCGUGAUAGUGCUGCUGCUCGUGUUUGUGACAUUCGUCUUCCUGUGCUUUGUCUUCAGCCAGAAGUGGCACCGGGGGCGGACAGGUCAUUACCCUGUGCAUAACCGUUGGAGGAGGUGGAUAGGAAGCCACUGGGCACAGCCCCCGUGAGCGGCGCGGACAGUGUCAUGGCGGCCACUGAACUCAGUGUGGCUUCUUAGGCUGGUCCAGGCCUGGGGAGGGACCAUGUGAAGCAGCCUCAAUACAAACACGUGGACUAACCCUGUGCCUUCAUGUCUCCUCCUGGGAAUGGCCAGGAAGGGGAGCCACCAGGCCUGGCUGAACUUCUGUCUCCAAAUGUCUCCUCAGCCUCCCUCCCCCCUCUCCUUCAGAGGCCUUCCUGAGCCCCAGCAAACCCAGACCCUGGUGUGCCCCCAGGCCUAGCCGCCCGGGCACCAGACUCCCAGCCUGAAAGGACCCUGAGUGACUCCUUCCUCCUGAGGGAGGGUGGGGAGACCCGCCCUGGCCCAAAGGGGCAGAGAGACACUCUGUUCCCACGUGGCCCUCCAGGACAUGGCUCUGACUGCUCUCUUCUGCCAACAGAGCCAGCAUCCAGGGGUGAGUGUGGGGGCCCAAUGGCU